AGGCUUCUGAAGAUGUUCAAAGAUCACAAAAUGGCGACUGCAGCCGGAAGAGUAGACGAAUUUGUAAAAGAUUACUUGAUUUAUAGAGGCUUAUCGACAACACUCAAAACUCUAGAGAUAGAAUUAAGAAAUGAAAAAGAAAAAGGUUUUAGGGUUGAUAAGAUUGUUGAGCAGCUGCAGCUGUAUGUCUCCACUUAUGAUUUGGCGAAUUUGAGGGAUUACUGGAAUUUCCUGAAUAAUCGCUUGUUUUCUCGGCUUGAGCAACGAUACAUGAGUAGUGUACGGAAGUUGGAGGUAGGCUUGCUGAAGUACUACCUGGUGAAUGCAGCACAGAACAACAAACAGGAGAAAAUACUAGAGUUCUUUGAAAGAAUGACAGAAAUAUUGCAAUCCCAGAUGGAAUUUAAGGAAUGGUUCGCCUUUCCCUUUGUUAGAAAUCCUCGAGACAACAGCCAUUUUGCAACGUAUUUCACUGUUCAGUGGCAGGAUACAUUCUUCCUCUCUCUUCACAAUUUCCUAAGUGUGAUUCUUCAAGCAAUGCCAGGUCCAGUACUACUAAAUUUUGAAGCAGAACACAGACAGAUCAAAGAAUUGCAGGAGGAAAAUGAGAAACUAAAACAACAGAUUAAAUCAUUAGGUGAAAAUCCUGAUCUUGCAUCUAAAACAAUGAAUCGAGAAAAUUAUUUGGCAGACCGCAGUCACAUGGAUCUUGUGUAUGACUUUUCAUCUCUGGGAGAGGAUACAGCUAUACCUGAAACCACUACCAAAUCUCCAAAGAAGUUCCCAUUUACAUCAUCACCACUUCAUCUAGGCAAGAAGAAUGAGAAACCAUCUCCUCUGAUCAAGAAAAAAGACGACCAGAUAAAAAUGUCAAUGAUGGGAACCAAAGAUUCUAAAUCUGGAAAGGGCUCGAAGCUGCUACCAGUCAUAACAAGGCAGAAGAAACCAGUCAAAAUUAACAAAGCACAAAACCAGGAACCAGCAGUGACUGGUCAUGUGACAGAUGCUGUAGCCAAUCAGAAUACGGCAGAGGUGUCAUCAGCCAAUCACAAGAUGAAAAAACUUGAGGAAGCAAGGCUGAAGAGGAAGGAACUUCUCGAAGGGAGCUCUGACAAAACUAAAUCAAAGGAAGAAAAGAAACCAAUAGAAGGGAAGCAAGAAAGUAGUGUUGUGUAUAACAGGUCUGUGUCAGAAUCUGCCGCUGAUGUUGCUGCUAUGAAAUCUUCCCCUCGUGGUACACGAAGAACUGUUAGCAAGAGUGUUCUUGAAACAAAGUCCAGUAUGUAUUCCUCUGUUUCAAAGCCAUCAGACACCAUGUCUGGAACAUCUGGUUCCAGUGACUCUAUGGAGACUGUAUCACCUCUAGCAACAGCUACAAUUGCAACAAUGCUGGGUACCAGUGUGCCUAAUAAAGCAGAGGAGAUGCAGACAUUUCCGCCUGCACCUGCUGUAACAGAGGCAGAGCAACCAGUCACAGUCAGCACAGAGCCCAAAACUCUAGAAACAAUACAUGAGAAACCGUUCUUGCUGUUAAGUCAGGACGAGUAUUCGGAGCACAGAGCCUCAGUAUCAUAUGCCAGAUUCAGUAACAGUGGACAGUAUGUUGCCAGUGUGGAUGUUGAUGGUGUUGUCAAAGUAUGGACAUGGAGUCCACAGGCAAAUACAGCAGCUACUGUGAUGUCUAAAUCAGCAUUUCUGUCACUGGAGUGGGCCAGCAAGUCUGACAGAUGGUUGUUGCUAGGCAACAGGUCUGGGAAUAUCCGUCUGUUUGAUGUUAAAGAAAUGAAGUCAUUUUAUGAAGCAACAGCAGAUACUAGUUAUCCCAGAAUAGUGACACUGUGUUCUAACCCAGCUGCCCCAGUGUUUGUGUGUUCAGCAACGUCUGGGCAUGCCAGGUCUGGUUCCACAAGUUCAGAUGGUGGUCAUGAUAACAGAAAUGGAAAACUGACUGUAUGGGACUUAAAGACAAUGAAAUCUGAUAAAACACUUCCGCUUGAGUCAGGACCAGUAUGUGUCAACAGCUGUUCAUUUAAUCACAAUGGUCAGCUUCUUAUAACUGGGGGUGCAGAUGGAGUUAUUAGACUUUUUGAUGUUAGCCAGCAGAGAUGUAUUUCCCACUGGCAAGCUCAUGAUGGAGAUAUCAGAAAUGUUCUAUACUCGGCAGAUUAUAACUCCUGUUACAGUCUCGGAAAUGAUGGAAAGAUGACUGAAUGGAGUAUGCACAGGACGGGUCAAAAGCUACGAGAUUUGCCUAUCCACCAGGGUGCUGUACCAAACUUUUCACUGCUAGACGCAGGGGCCAGCACAAAGGAAGUUCCUGUUGGCAAAUUGUUGGCACUAGAUUCCGAUGGGCAUUACUUGUUGAGCUGUAAUGACACAAGUUCAGAAAUAUACAGGUUGAUACGGGAUGAUCCAGGACUUUUGUACAUGAUGGAUUUGAGAGGUCAUAGGUCAUCACUUAUUACAACUGUAGACUGGUCGCCAAACAUCGACACAAAAAUUUGUUUGACUGGUUAUCUAGAUGGAAAAAUUAUAGUUUCUACACUUCUGUCUCAGUAAAAUACAUGUAAUUUAAAUGAUUGCUCUUACAGAUUUGAAAUUGGCAAAUUUAUGCAUUUUUGAAAAUAGCUUCCUUUUUUUUGGCAAAACUUCAAAAUUUUAUGCAAAGAAAAUGAAAUGAUUUUACAGAAGGCUUUUUAUAUGGAAUAUUAUAAACUUUGUAUUAUUUAAAAUAUUCUAUGUUUAUAAAUUUUGUCUGCUUGUUAAUGUAAAUGAAAUGUGUGUAUAAUCAGCUGGUAAUAAAAGGAUCAGAAAGUUAGGUUAGUAGACUGAUAAUCUUGUGCACUUCAAGUUAGGCCAGUAGCCUGGUCAUCUUGAUUCAUUUCCAGUUAGGAUAGUAGAGCAGUCAUAAGCCUAUCAUUUAAAAAUUUGGUUGAUGAUGCAGUGUGGGCGUUCUUUUUGAUGACUUUAAAGAAGACACUGUCGAACUUUAUAACCCCUCUACUAAUUCUUGUGUGAAAGUUGUAAAUUACUUGUUAAUGACAAAUGAGUACUGGUAAUCUGGUCUGGUAUUGAAUUCAGAAACAUCAGCUCUUAAUAAAGGUACCUGAUCAAUUUCUGAAAAACUGUUACAAAAUCACAUCAAAGCAAUAACUAUAUAUUUAAGCAUUAAAAUUUUAUGUUUAAUUUAAAUACACACUACUGUCAAAGAAUGAUUUAAAGGUGGUCAGUCUCAAUUUAGCAACAUAAUUAUGCCAUUUUUUACUUCUUAUACAGUACAAUCGCGAUCCUACGAAAAGCCAAGGGACCGGCCGUUUUUUUCGUAAUAUCGCAUUUUCGUUCAAGCGUAGUAUAGGAAAUUUCGCUAUACAGCACCUUAAUAUCUACGUCAAAAACUAGGUCAGUAGGUCAAAUAAUAGAAAAACCUUGUAAUAUCACGUCGUAACCCGUGGUAUUUAAACAUGUGACUGUCGUAUCGGAGUGCAUGUAUACCAAUUUCAUGUACAUCUGGGUGUACUACAAAUCUUAUUCGAAUCUGAACUCAGAUGGUAUGUAGAAUGUAGAACGCGUUUUUUUUUUUUUUCAUCACUUUUUAUUCACUGUACAUAAAACAUAUACAGGGUACAUUGUUGCACGAGAAAAAAAAACGCAAUUGCAUAUUCCGGUACCCUAAGUUACCCUUUACUGAAGUGUUUGGUAUAAUAAAAUGACAAUAUACAGACGAUCAGGACUUAAAUAUUGUUUUAUUUUCAUUAUGCACUAGUUGUUUGAGCCGUAUAGAUAUCGAAACAAGUGUGGCUUGUAUGCCAUCCGAUCGGAUAGUUAUAUGAGAAAAAAAAUAACCACUAACUUGUGUCAUAAUGUAAAACGCAUAUGUUUCGAAUUUAAUUACUAAGUUUUCACACUUUAAUCACUGUUUACGCCCAACUAAAUGAUAGUGACACUUUCCACUCUUAAAUAUUUUCACGCCAUUAUGGAAGGUGUGAAAACUUAGACGAUACAUUCGUAAAAUUGCAACUUAAACAAGUUGAAAACAGGCAUUAAAGGCAUAACAAUACAUUCGUAGGAGCGCAUUUUUCGUAAAACUGCAUUUUCGUAAAACCGCAACUUUGUUACAUAGAAAUAAGAAGGAAAGCAGCCGGGACCACAACACCUUUUCGUAUUAUACCGGUAUUUCGUUAAAUUGCGAUUCGUAGCAUCGCGAAUGCACUGUAUAUUCUGUUUAAUAUUCAUUUAAUGACAGAAAAAUCGUUAUAGAAAGUCUUUGUCUAAUAUAAAUUUUUGUAAUUUCCUUCCUUUAAUAUGAAAGUAUUUAAAAAGCAGACUAUUUGUCUUCAGUAUAAUUUCAAAUUGAUAGAUACUGAGAUAUUUCAACAACCUGAAAUGAAAGACAUCUUUGUUGAAUUAUGUACUUGUAUAAUGACUGCUCCCUAAGGCAAUAAAGGGAUGUGUGCAAUUGAUUCUGUUGUAUUUCUGUGAUUUGUUUCAUGCUUUAAUUAUGAUUAAUCAUGUUCAGUAUCUGA